AUGGUGGUCGAGCAGUGGAGUCUGGAGCACGCGUACCGUCACGUCCUGCAGAAGCGGCCGGCUAGUGCACCACGCAAAGCUUACGUGGAGAAGCUCCGCACCUUGGAACUGGAGACUCACGGUCGUGUGACGCUCCGCUCGGACCAGAUUGGACCCAGUAUGAUCGACAUCAUGCUCGGACUCCGUGGCCAGAGCCCUGUGAGCGAUGAUAUCGACGAGCGCAGCAGCCAAGCAACGGACGGAGGCACUUCCACUGCCGAGCGCGCGAGUUACAUGUCCAACUUCUCGGUUGUCACGGGCCGCACGAACGGCAGGUCCGUACGCGAGACACUGAGGAUCGCGGAGCAGGAAGACGAUCCCGUGGCAAUGGGCAAGAACAAGGUGCACCCGCACCACUCUCCGGGCUUUGGACGAAGGAAGUCCAAGGCACACAGAGGCAACUGCGUCAUUAGUUGA